ACCAUCAGUCACCUGGCUGACCUGGGACGGACGGUCGGACUACUGGAGAUAUACGAUUGUACUGAUCACACGGCCGGCAGCCUGGAACCUCUCACCAGUUGCCCUGAGCUGCAGUAUCUCACCCUGUCCGGCGGCGUCCCUGACACCGUGAGCCUGGAGCCUCUCACCAGGUGCCCUGAGCUGUAUUAUCUCACCCUGUCCGGCGGCGUCCCUGACACCGUGAGCCUGGAACCCCUCACCAGGUGCCCUGAGCUGGAGCGCCUAUCAGUCAUCGCCGCCGACCUCCCGCUACUGAGGUGGCUGAUGCCGGAGGACCUCUGGUGCCUCAAUGUCAGAGGUGCAGUGUGGACGGUGGUGCUCGGUGGAGCCGCGGCCGACAGGUGCAUCACGUGCAGAAGGGGCACCCUCGAGGAGUGCCUAGAUGGCAAGAGGGCGAAAGAGUUUGAAGACCAGCAGCAGAUGUGUUCGGAUUCGUUACCGUUCUGUGAGGUGACCGUCCAGGAGCAACUGGACCCGAACGGCGGCGACGAAGAAGCCGAACUGCGCGACGUCAACCGCGGCUGCGUCAAGGAGCCACGCUUCAAGUGCGACACCAGCGAGGGUGUGCGCACGUGCACGGCCACCUGUCGGGGAGACCUCUGCAACGACUUUGAGGACGUGGCGGAUCGCGUGGAGGACUUCCUGGAGCAGCAGGAGCGGGAGGCCGCCGCCAGGGAGGAGAGAGAGAGGGAGGAGGCCGCCGCCAGGCGGAAGUGGGUCAUACCGGUGGCGGUGGUGGUGCCUCUGGUCGUGCUGGCGGCGGUGGCCGCGUGCGGCGUCUCCCGGCUCAUGGCCAACCGGCGAAAGGCCAGGGAUCUGAAAUCGGGGGGCGAUGCCGGCCGCCCGCUAAACGGCGACUCUUCAGCACCGAGAACCGUGAAACCAGCUGCGGCGGACGUGUAAUCUCUUGCUUAUUAUUUUCCGAAAUCUGGACAGCCGUCAGUGGCGGUGCUGACAUCCAGGACGGCGCUGGCAG